AUGAAUCGUUUUAAACGAAACAAAAACUCCUUUCAAAUUCGACACAACAAGAAAAUCGCAGCACUAAACCUGCAAUCAAUGGAUAUUGGAGACAAAGGAGCCAAAUAUAUUACCGAUGCAAUGCAAAACAAUACUAAAUUGGCAUUGAUGCUCUAUAUAACUUCCACUCGGCUCUAUCUCAGUGGUAAUAAAGAUCCAAAAUGUGAUUUCCUUGAAAAAAAAUCAUCAAUGUCAGAAGAAAGAAGAAAUAUUUCCAUCGCACACAGUGAAAUAGAAAAUGAAGGAAUACAAUAUCUCGUUGAUUGGCUAAAAAAUAAUAAAACACUUCAACGACUUGAUCUUACGAACAGUGGGAAUGCCCCUUCUAUAUUCUUGGCAUUAACCGAACUUGUGCUUGACAACAAUCAAAUUGGAGACAAUGACAUCGAAUAUCUCUCCAAAAUACUACAAAAUCAUCCGAUUCUCAUUAAAAUUGGACUUAAAAAUAAUUAA